CUCAAUUCAAUUCACUUCAAAAUGACUUCAAUUUUAAAAUUGUUUUUGAAUUAAAAAUGAUUUCACUUUUAAUUCAAUUAACGUUUCGUUUGUUUUGAUCGCAAAAUAAUGAGACGUUUGUGUGGUUUGAAUGAAGACAUGGAGGAAGAGCUGAUCCAACCGACAGACAAACCGACAAACAGUGUGUUAUUGUGUCGAUUGAGUCCACACUCGACGGCCAAACUGACCCUCAAGAAGACCAACACCUCUUCGGCCAACGGUUCCGACCAUUCGGUGGGACAGAAGCGACGAUAUCUGGUGUCACAGAAGUCGGGAAAUGUGUACCAAAUUGUGGACAAAAGGGCCGUCGAGUGCGCCGUCUCUGCGCUCAGUGUCGGCCCGACUCGAGUCGAGGCGUCCGAACCCGAGUCAGACCUCAUCAGUGAUGACCAGUUCUUCAAAUACAUGGGACUCAUUGGACACAACACUCUUCGCACCGCUUCUCAGACACUACUCAACGCCUGGCCCUUAAGACACAUCUCACGAGUGGUCAACAAAGACAACCCACCCGUCGAUACCAAUGGAAGAGUUGGUGGAAGUGCUGGAGUGAUGUCUGGAGUGAGUCGUCGGACGGCAUCGAAGCAGCAGUGGUUGGAAGAAGUGAGGGAUAAUAAGUUAGUCCAACACAACGACUGUCGCGGCUCUAAAGGCACCAAAAAGUGUGAUAAAGACACUAACAAAGAGUCACUGAACGUGAUCUCUGAGUUCGACUUCUCGUCUUUGAUGGGGAAACACAUGUUUCGCCAAUUGUUGUGCGAAAAGUUAAAUGAAUUGCAGAAAUAUAUGCAAACAUUAAGUGUUGAGAACUACUGUUUGUGUGACUUCUCAGUGAAAAUGUCUUUAAACGCAAACAUUGCCGUCAAUUAUAUGCCGAGAAUUACAAGACACGGAUCCGAUUGGAGUUCGCGACACAAACACCACAUCUAUUGCUUCAAUCGACAGCAGAGGUUAGAGAAAUGGCGCCGAUUCGAGACGGGACUCAAUUGGCGCUCAAGACUCCUGAAAAAGCGCUGCCGACGACUGACCGUUCGGCUCAACCGAAUGACCAAAUGUCCCAUUUGUACAAAAACUAUAGAUUUUAACCCCAGACACCAGUGCUGGCAAUUUGACGCUCAUCUUAGACCACAACCACUUCCUAAUCAAUAUUUAGCCAAUACUUGUCAUUCAAAAGACUCGAGCCAUGAAAUCAUUAUCAUUGGCGACGACUUUAUGGACGAAGAGAUGGACCAACAGAUUAGUUGCGAACCCAUUGUUGACAAUAUAAACAGUGAAGAAGUGAUUAAAGCGAGUGAUUCCGACGACGACGAUGUGAUGAUCAUAAAGGAAGUGCUGACACCCAAGCCUUCAAUCAGUAUUAAGUUCUCAUCGAUGGGCGACGGGGGCCGACACUCACACCCAGUUCUGAACAAUCUAUUGACGGCUAACCGUAAUGUCCGCAAACCAUACCCACUCACGGAUUGCAAUCAUUUGCCGACUCUUAGAGAGACCAACAUUUCGAUUGUAUCCAAGAGUUAUUCCAACCGAAAGGAGAGCAACGAUACAAAAAUGGUUUACGGCUCACAUUUCUAGACCUAAAAUAAUUGCUUUAAAAUAUUUAUUCCUUAAUUAUGAGGGGUUUUGAUAUCCAUUUUAAAUACAA